GAUAACAAGAUCAAGGGCACAAGACCAAGACAAGGAUUACAUUAGAAGGAAUGCAUUAGGCAAGGCAACGAGGUAUGAUGAGUGAUCACGAUCAACAAAAAAACAUAAACCAACUCAACUAAACCGCUAUCCGUCAACGUCAAGUCAACCCACCCAACGGCAACCCUGAGUGCUGACUGAAACCAGUGAAACUUGAAACUACAUCAUUGUUGUUGACACAAUAUUGCAGCCUUAAUUCCAUAAUGUUUGCUGCUAAAUCUCUAGCAGCAAAGAUGAAUGUACAGUUGUUUGGCAGAGGCCUGAUGCAAGUUUGCAGCAAGUGGCCCACAAAUAUACCAGUCAAGAAGGCUCCGAUUAAUAUCCUUCAGAUUUUUGUCAGGAACAUGUUUAUUCAAACACAAGACACGCCAAACCCUAAUAGUUUGAAAUUUUUGCCUGGCAUUAAGGUUUUGGACCCUGGACAAACCAUAGACUUCCCUAACGGCACAGAGGCCUACUGCUCCCCUCUGGCUAAGCUUUUGUUCCGAAUUGAAGGAGUCAAGUCAGUCUUUUUUGGUCCUGACUUCAUAACAGUCACUAAGAUAGAUGAAGACGUAGAAUGGAAGCUUAUAAAACCAGAAAUCUUUGCAACAAUCAUGGAUUUUUUUGCCAGUGGUUUGCCAGUUUUGACAGAUGCAAAACCUUCAUCAGAUACUCAAAUAAAUGAAGAUGACGAUGAGACAGUUCAAAUGAUCAAGGAACUCCUGGACACUAGAAUCAGGCCGACUGUGCAAGAGGAUGGCGGAGAUAUUGUUUUUAUGGGAUUUGAAGAUGGCAUUGUAAAGUUGAAGAUGCAAGGCUCCUGUACAAGUUGUCCUAGCUCUGUGGUCACGUUGAAAAACGGAGUUCAGAAUAUGCUGCAGUUUUACAUACCUGAAGUUUUGGGUGUAGAACAAGUGGAUGGUGAGCCUGAAGUUGAGAUGAAAAUCAUGACCAAGGCAGCUAGAGACCAGCACCAAAAAGACUCUGAAAGUAGUAAAACUUAGUCUACUUGUUUGUUAGAAGUUCCGAAGUUUACAUUUUCUGUGUUAAUUCCAUCGUUUUAUAGGUCUGUUAUGAAAAAUCUUGGUUAUUAAUAGUGAGUUUUGUUCAUGAUUUACACAAAGAGAAUAGAUGUUAAUCCCCCCGCGCAGGAUGCAAAGGUAUCUUGUGCCUAUUUUCACUGAUUUUUAAUAGAACAGAACUUUUUUAUUUAUUUAAUAACUCUAGCCUGAGAUUUUCAAACCCUUUGUAGCAAUAUUUUUAUAAUACCACCAUUAAUUUGAUUUCCAAUUAAUUUUUAAUUUUCACAAUGGAAUUUCCCCCCCUGUGUAGAACAAUAAUUGUUAUAAAGAUAAUUUAGUAUAAGCAAAGGUUUUUUGUUUGCAAAGGUUACUGCAGUUUAUUGUACAUAGUUGUAAUAUAUAUAUAUAUAUAUAUGUAUACUAUUUAUUAACAUAUUCAUAGUUAAUAAAUAUCUUAUUUAUUUUUAGGCCCUACAUGUAAGAAUAUUCAAUGGGUGAAUAAAGUGUUUUCUGUCAACAUAAAUAAAUAAAUUUAUUGUUUAAAACCCGGUUACCAAUAAUGAAGUACCUCAGUUAGUAUGAAUAAACAAAAAGGGUUUCAAGCUUGUAUAAAGACUUCUGAAUUAAAAGGAAAACUCUUGAACAAUUAUGGUUAUUAAAAGUAAAAAUUAACCACAUUCUCAAUUAGUUAUUACGUGUGUUGAAGUUGGAUAUUUUUUGUCGGAAUUGAUGGGUAAAAUUUUUAAGUUAAAUUUUAAGUAAAAGAGUUUUUAUACCAAAUUAAAUUAUACCAGUUUUGUGCUUAAUAACAAAACCUUCUCGACCCAGGCAAACCUAAAGAACUUUUUCAACUUUGCCAUGUUUGUAAUAAUAUCACUACUGUAUAUUAAAUAGGUAUGAAAACCACAAGCAUAGCUAUCCAACUAAGUGUAGACACAAAUUCCAACUGCCCAUCCACAGACUUAAUAACUUCAUUUGAAAAUCUGCCACAAUGUAUAUGGUAAAGAAAAUACUGCAAACUGCUACAAAUCAUUUGAAUCAAAUGACAUUUUAAUAAAUAGUACUAAUAUGAUGAUUUUCUUAUGUGUGCAGCGAGUUUUGUGUGUCAUAUUUAUUUUGUGUGUUACUUUGACUAGUGGAAAUAAGGCCCUAGCAGCACAAGGAGCCUAGGCCAAGGAAACCCCCAUGUUUAGAUAAAUAGAGUUUGAAAUAGAGUUCAAACUUAAGUUUUGACCUAUGAAAUGUUGUACUUGAUAUAUAUAGCAUUUGAUCCAUCUUAAGCCUAUGGUGUAUUUGUUGUUAUGCUCACUGAGAAA